AUGGCCCCCCACCCGUUUGACCCGCUCUCGGGCGAGGAGAUCGCCGCCGCCAUCGAUGUGGUGAAGAAGCAACACGGCGAGCUGCUAUACCAGGCUGUGACUCUCUUCGAGCCGCGCAAGGCCGAGAUGGAAAGGUGGCUGGCCAACGAAGUGACAGCUCCCCGUCCGGCACGCGUGGCCGACGUCACAGUCAUUGCGCAGGAAGGCAAGGUGUUUGACGGCCUGGUGGACCUGGCUAGCGGCAAGAUCACGUCCUGGACGCAGCUUACGGGAGUCCAGCCCAUUGAAAUAAUGAAGAUUACCAUGGAGGAGCUGGCGAUUGUGGAGGAGAAGGUCCGCGUGGACCCCAGGGUCAUUGAGCAAUGCGAGAUCAGCGGUGUCUCUCGCGAUGAAAUGCACAAGGUGUACUGUGACCCGUGGACGAUUGGACACGAUGCUCGGUUUGGCAACAACGUCCGGCUGCAGCAGGCGCUCAUGUACUACCGUCCCAACGUGGACGACUGCCAGUACCAGUUCCCCCUGGACUUCUGCCCCAUCUACGACUCCAACAAGGGAGAGAUCAUCGCCAUUGACGUUCCCAAAGUGCGUCGGCCGCUGCGCAGGGAUGUCAAGGCCAUCAACUACCACCCGGAGGCGGUGCGUCAGCAGUCGGGCGGCUACAGGACCGAUCUCAGGCCCAUCAACAUCACGCAGCCCGAGGGUGUGUCGUUCAGACUCAGCGGCCGCGAGAUUGAGUGGCAAAACUGGAAGAUGCACAUUGGCUUCAACUACCGUGAGGGGAUCGUGCUCAACAACAUCCGCUACGACGACAGAGGCAACGUCCGCCCCAUCUUCUACCGCAUGUCCCUGGCGGAGAUGGUGGUCCCCUACGGCAACCCUGAGCACCCUCACCAGCGCAAGCACGCCUUCGACCUGGGCGAGUACGGCGCGGGAUACCUGACCAACAGCCUGUCGCUUGGCUGCGACUGCAAGGGCUCCAUCCACUACCUCGACGCUGAGUUCCCCACGCGCGACGGCUCCAUCCGUCAUAUCAAGAACGCCAUCUGCAUCCACGAGGAGGACGACGGCAUCCUCUUCAAGCACACCGAUUUCAGGGACGACUCGAGCAUUGUCACGCGUGCCCGCAAGCUCAUCAUCCAGCAGGUCUUUACUGCUGCCAACUAUGAGUAUGCCAUCCAGUGGACCUUCCACCAAGAUGGUACCAUUCAGCCCAACAUCAAGCUCACCGGCAUCCUCAACACGUACAUCAUGAACCCGGGCGAGGACACGCACGGCUGGGGCACGCAGGUGUACCCUGGGGUCAAUGCCCACAACCACCAGCACCUCUUCUGCCUGCGUCUGCACGCCAACGUCGACGGCCCCCAGAACACCGUCUUCGUUUCCGACACGGUGGCAUCGGACGCUCCCGUAGGCAGCCCCGAGAACUACUACGGAAACGCCUUUGGCGUGAAACGCACCAAGCUGGCCACCGAGGGCGAGUCCCGCACCGACUACGACGGUGCCAGGGGACGCACAUGGGAGAUCUGCAAUACCAACAACAUCCACCCCUACAGCGGCAAGCCGGCUAGCUACAAGCUCGUCAGCCGCGAAAUCCCCGGUCUGCUGCCCAAGGAGGGUUCCCUGGUAUGGAAGAGGGCUGCCUUUGCCCGUCAUGCCGUCCAGGUGACAAGAUACCGCGACGACGAAUUGUGGCCUGCUGGCCGACACGUUCCCCAGACGUCGGGCGAGCCCUCGCACGGCAUCACCGAGUGGGUCGGCGAUGGUAAGACAUCAAUCGACAACACCGACAUUGUACUCUGGCACACGUUUGGCGUCACGCACAUACCCUCUCCGGAGGACUUCCCCAUCAUGCCAGCCGAGCCCAUGACGCUGCUCCUCAGGCCGCGCAACUUCUUCCUCAACAACCCCGUCAUGGACGUGCCUCCCAGCUUCGCCAGCACGCCUAGCCAGAUCGCCGCCAACGGACGGGGUGUCCUGGAUGCCACGGACAAGGUCAGCCAGCUGGCCUUUGAGGAUAAGGGCAGCUGCUGCAGCGGCAAGCAAGAGUGA